CUUGGAAAACCUUCUUUCUCAACUGCCACCUCCGAGACCGAGAAGACUGAGAGAGACAAAAAGAGUCAGAGAGAGUUUUGAAUUAGGUGAAAUUCUGUUGCUGUAGAUUAGAUAUAGAUAGAUUCCUAUUGAUCCCAAACCUAAUUUUCGAAUUUUGAAGUCAAAACUCCAAUUCCAUUUUCUCUGCCAUUUUUUGUUUUCAUUUAAAUUUAAAUUUAUUAUCACGUUGGACGAUUCGAAUUCCAAUUUAUAGCGGUUUAUUUGGAGUUCUUAAUGCUGAUUGAUGACGAGCUUUAACCUCAUAUCCCAAAAUGCCGGUUAUCUUUGCUCGUGAGGCUCCCAAGCUAUGGAGGAAAGUAUGCUCAGAGACGUCAACUGAAAUUUCGCUUCUUGCCGGGAAUUGGAAGUAUUUUCUUGCUGGUCUCGUUUUUCAGUAUCUUCAUGGACUAGCUGCUCAUGGUGUUCAUUAUUUACAUCGGCCAGGACCGAUGCUUCAGGAUGCUGGGUUCUUUUUCCUCCCGGAACUUGGUCAAGACAGAUCUUAUCUUAGCGAGACUCUCUUUUCAGUCAUCUUUUUCUCCUUUGUCUUGUGGACUUUUCACCCCUUUGUUUUCCAGUACAAAAAGAUAUAUACAGUUCUGAUAUGGUGCAGAGUAUUUGCUUAUUUAGGCGUCUCUCAAAUGCUCCGGAUUAUAACCUUCUACUCAACUCUGCUUCCUGGUCCAAACUAUCAUUGCCGCAAGGGCUCAAAACUUGCCAGGCUGCCCCCUCCAGAGAGUGCACUUGAAGUGCUCUUAAUCAACUUUCCCCGAGGAGUAAUGUAUGGUUGUGGUGAUUUGAUCUUUUCAUCACAUAUGAUUUUUACCUUAGUAUUUGUGCGCACAUAUCAGAAAUAUGGAACAAAGAGGUGCAUUAAGCAGAUUGCUUGGUUAGUUGCUGGUAUUCAGAGCCUCCUGAUUGUAGCAUCUCGCAAACAUUACACUGUUGACAUUGUUGUUGCCUGGUACACUGUAAAUUUGGUAGUGUUCUUUAUUGACCAAAAAUUGCCAGAAUUGCCUGAUCGGUCCCUUGGUUCUACAUCUCAACAACUGCUACCAAUAAGCAGCAGAGAUAAAGAUAGCAAGAACAAAGAAGAGCUUGACAAAUUCCGGAAUGGAAAUUCUGCCAACAUUGCCACUUGAGUCUGGAAAACCAGAAUGAAUUAUAGAGAUUGUAUGCACAGGAAUGAGUCAAGAAAAGUGGUGACUAUGGAUGAAAUCCAAGUCAUUGUGUUGGAGCACCAGGUUGUCAUGUUUAAAAAGAUUGCUUCAAAAUUUGGUCCACAAAACAGGUUGCGUGGGGUGAAGAAUGGGAGAGGCAUCACAUACAAUACAAGACAAGAGGGCUUAGUAUUUUUCUCAAAGGGCACAGUAACUAGAGGAAGCAAUUAGGGCUGGCAUGACCCAAUUAUGCAAUUUAAUAAUGCUUCUUGUCUCAUGACCCACAAGGACCACCAACCCUUUUGCUUUCCAAAUGCCCUUUCUUUUUUCCCCAUGUAUAUUCUCUCUUUUCAUAGGUUGUUGAAGCAUGAUAUUGGAGACAGCUCUUGUUACAUCACAUGCCUCUCUUGCUUGCUUUCCCUUCACUAUCUGAGCAACUGUUUCUUUUCCUUUUUAGCUGCAAGUCUCUUAACUUUUAGUGCCAACGUAAUAUCUAAACUCUGUUCAUCCCUCCAAAUGUCAAAUGUAUCAAAAAGAUAGCAAUUAUGUCAUUUGCAUGGACUUCCUCUCUGGGAUGGGUGUUUUGC